AUGGUCCCCGGAUUUAGAAUCAGAAAACUAGGCUCGAGUCCUGAAUCUGCAUUUUUAUUAACUUGGGACACCUUGGAGAAAUUACUUUCUUCUCUGUAAAAUAGGGAUAAUAAUAAUACCAAUGUAACAGGGUUGUUGCCAGGGAAAAGUGAGAUGAGGUCUGAAAGGAUUUAGAGAAUUUGAAAAUAUUUUGCAUAUGUAAAUAGUUAAUUCAUUAUUCUCUUUGUCUGCUAUACAUUGAUGUAGAGAGGUACCACUUUCCCAUUGGCAGGUGAAGCAUAGCUUUCCCAUGAUCACCAGGAAGUGAUUUGGCCAAGACUGGAACUUACCACUUCUAACUCAGAAAAUCGGUUCUCUUUCCCUGACCCCACACAGCUUGUCAAGCAGAAAAAUGUUCUGGCCUUGAACCCUUCAGAUGGCACGGACACACGCAAUGCCUGCCCAACUGCCCAGUUUCCAACUGUGUUAAGUGAAUAAAUGGAAAAGAGAUACGAUGGUCAAGACUUCACAGAGGAAGUGUCAUGAUUGGGUGAACCAAUCCAAACCAAAGCCUGACUUAAGCAUCUCCAUCCCAUUGAGGAUGUCCAGUAACAUAUUCAAGAGUCCAGUUACGAGAAUCACAUCCCACCCAGGCAAUGAGGUCAGAUAUCACCAGUGGGAGGAAACCUUGGACAAGCCCCAACAGGUGUGCUGGCAGAAGAGACUUCAAGGACUCCAAGCCUGCAGCAGCACAGGACAACUCUUAAGUCCUUUUGAUCUUACCAAAGCCCUGCAAACACUUGUGCCUAGUUGCACAGGCGAGUCCCUGCCUGGUGUUCUCACAGGGGGUCCUCACGGCAGCUCCAUGUCCAACCCUGCCAGGUCCUCACAUGGGGCAGAGAUGAUUCCAGGAGCUGGUCUGAGCACCCCACAACUCCCCUGCAAACAAUUCCUGGUAACUGAGAAAGAUAUCAAGAAACAGGAAAGGAAAAUGAAGAUGGCAAGAGAGAGACUGGCGAGAGCGUUAAUUGCAGACAGACUCGCUAGUGAGACAGAGAAAGUGAGGGACCAAGAAGAACAUCCUGAAAAACACUAGGAAAAAAAAGAGAAGACGGUGCAGGUGAAAUGGAGAACAACACGUUGUUAAUGUCUCUUUGCAGUGUCCCUAAUGUUUUCUUGCUUUGAGCUUUUAAAACUUUAAAAUAUACCAAUGCGUUUCUGUAUUAAACUUCUUCAUGUGACACAAGGAUAUAUAGACAGUAAUCUUUUUGAGGUGAGAGAUUUGGUUUCAGGUGGAGAGAGAAAGAUCUUUCCUUUUCAUGUUGUACUCUCAUUUUCCUUUGCUAUGUGUGUUAUUUACUUGCAUUUUAACGUCAACAGAGAGUUAUCAAAGUCAUGGGAUUAUUUAGUGUUUUGCCCUCACAGUCACAGAGUAAAACCUACCAGUCAGAAUGGAUUGUCCUUUUUGUGUAAUAUUCCAGUAGAUUCCAAAAUAGUAUUUUAUUAAAGAGCUUUUAUAUUUAUGUUCUAAAAUAGGAUAUCUUCUUCUAGGUCUGUAUUUUUUCUGUCCUUUGUUGCACAUUAACUUAGAGAGUUGCAUAUAAUGAAAUACCAGACUUUCCUUCAUUUUUUAGAUUUAUAUGUUUUUCAAUUUAGUUCAUGAAGAUUGACAUGCCAUUUGGGAGAUUAGAAUAUCAAGAGAGACUGUUUUCAGCAUCGUUGAUCUAACAAUGAGCUACUGCUUAUUGGGAAUUAUUUGUGUAUUUACCUGAUCAAGCAUGUUGUAUUAUCAAAUCCUCUUUAUCAUUACUAAAUUUGUGUGACAUCUUUAUCACUUCCUGAGAGUAAUUAAACAAUAAUAGAGUAUCUAUAGUAUUUAUAUCUUCCCUAAAAAUGAGUUAUUUUUAAAUUGAAUCUUCUCUCCUCUAUUCUCCCAUGUGGUAAUCAUCUGAA